GCAAGGCACAGUCGAUGGAUUGCCUUGAGGAUAGUAUAUAAUAAAUAGCAAGAGGAAGCAAAGAUCUUCAAGCACGAUGUCAGACACGACAUCCUCAGCUCCUGAGCCCAAGUCUGAGAAAGGUUAUGGCAUUCAAAUCGUAUACCAUACAUUAUCGGGUCGCGUCGAUGAGAAACAGACGACCUCCAAAUCCCCGCCAGACCCAGCGGACGCAGUUGGAAACAUAGAUGCCCAUCUACUGAGUAUCGACGAAGUGUAUUCCCGGUAUUCCACCCAUCCCACAGUCGGUUUGGAGCUUGCCGCUGUCUGUCGCAGGGAGCGUGAUGGCAAGAAUAUCAUUAGCCCUCCACCUACCGUCUACUGGAAGAAAACCUUUAAUUAUAUUUUCGGUGGUUUCAAUUUUCUCAUGUGGAUCUCGUUCAUCUUGACUAUCCUCUCCUAUGAACCACUCGGCCCUCCUGUACCUUUCACUCUUGGUAUUGCUGUGCUGAUGAUCAUCGUUAUCGUCAUUUCUGCUGCAUUCUAUGCUUUGGUCGAUUGGAACGCGAACAGAAUCAUGAAGUCGAUUAAAUCUCUAAUUGCACAUGAGACUGCGGUCAUUAGGGAUGGAAACCAGCAAAUAAUCAAGGCUACUGACAUUGUAGUUGGUGAUGUUGCCGUGCUCAACGCUGGCGACCGUGUCCCAGCCGACAUGCGUGUCGUGCAGGCAUCGUCCGACCUUCGCUUUGAUCGCUCUCUCCUGACGGGUGAAAGCGAAAUGGUACCGGGAGCUCUUGAUGCAACAUCCGACAAUGCUCUGGAGACUCGUAACCUCGCACUGACUUCCACUUUUGUCGUACAAGGUACUUGCCAUGGAGUCGUGUUUGCCACAGGAGAUAGGACUGUCAUGGGACGCCUUAAAUGUGGUUUUUUCACCAAGAUCGUUUCAUGGAUCGCACUCUUUUUCUUCUGCUUGUCGCUUCUUCUAUAUGGCGUUUGGUUACGGACAUCGUAUCCUGGGUAUGACACCCCGUCUUCUGCCAUCGUGAAUUCAAUUGGCUGCUUGACUGCUUUCGUUCCCCAAGGCCUCCCGAUUUGCGUGGCACUCUCGUUAACCGUUAUUGCCCGUCGCAUGGCUAAACGUCAGGUGCUGGUCAAAAAUCUGGCGACCAUCGAGACAUUAGGAUGCAUGUCUGUGCUAUGUUCUGACAAGACGGGCACGUUGACUGCGGGAAAGAUGAUGGUAGAGAAUAUUGCCUUCCUCGAUGACGUAUUUGGUGUCGAGGAAAUUAACGAGAGGGUUACGAAGGCAUCAGACCCUGCCGCGCUCCAUCAGAUCGCGAGGAUUUGCAACGGCGCGCAAUUCGACGCAACGACUAACCACCUUCCUGUGCAGGAUCGUACAAUCAAGGGCGAUCCGACUGAUACUGCUCUUUUACGUUUCUCCGAGGUCCUUUCAAUACCGGAGCUUGGUGUGAAUGCCAGUACUCUUCAGCAAGACUAUCACAAGAAGUUUGAGAUCCCUUUCAAUGCCAACAACAAAUGGAUGCUUUCCGUGGUCUCCAGGGUCAGCACUGCUGAAAAGAACGUAGAAUCGACAUGGAUGUUCGUCAAGGGAGCUCCUGAUGUUUUGUUCCCUUCUUGUGGCAGUGUGCUACAGAGUGAUGGGACGGUCGUCAAGUUAACAAGUAAGGCGAGGCAGACGUUCGCCAUGAUUCAAGAGGAUUGGUCAAGCCGAGGCCAACGAGUACUCGUGCUAUGUAGGAAAUCCAUAGAAGAAAUCAACACUGGACUUCCACCGAACGACGUGGAAGAUCUCAUGUACAUGGAGAUGUGCGAUUUGACUUUGGUUGGUCUAAUUGGAAUUUGCGAUCCUCCUCGCCCGGAUGUAUCGGCGUCGAUUUCUCUCAUUCGACAAGCUGGAGUUCGAGUCUUUAUGGUCACUGGUGAUUUUAAGCUCACUGCUCUGGCCAUUGCACGCCAGGUCGGUAUCAUUACCCAGCAUGUUGUCGACACCAUCCAGGAUGUCCGAGCUGCUGCAUCUGAGAAGACUUCGCCGAAAGAUUAUUAUCUUUACAAGCCAUCUGAUAAUGAUCCUAUCCGCUCCCUGGUACUUACAGGGGAAGACGUCGCAUCUCUCACCUCGUUUGAUUGGAAUGUCAUCGUUGGGGCCUACACAGAGAUCGUAUUUGUGCGCACUACCCCUGACCAGAAAAUGCGAAUUGUAGAGGAGAUCAAAGCUCGCGGAGACAAUACAGUCGCAGUCACCGGAGAUGGUGUUAAUGAUGCGCCAGCACUCAAAGCCGCCGAUAUUGGUGUUGCGAUGGGUAGUGGCAGUGAUGUGGCCAAGGAAGCUGCCGCCUUGAUCUUAUUGAAGAAUGACUUUGCUUCCAUCCCUGUCGCGAUAGAGUUGGGUCGACUGGUCUUUGAUAACCUGAAGAAAGUUACAUUGUAUCUCAUGCCUGGUGGAAGUUAUGCGCAAUUCAUGGCGAUCCUCGUAAACGUAUUACUAGGUAUGCAGAUACCCCUGAACCCGUAUCAACAAACCUGCUAUUCCAUCACCAACGAUGUUAUAAUGUCUAUCUCGUUAAUGUAUGAGAAGCCUGAGUGGGACUUGAUGCAGCGCAAACCACGCAACACUAGGACCGAUAGGCUUACGGAUUGGCGCUUUUUCUUCCAUAUCUUCCUGUUCUAUGGACUGAUGUUGUGGCCCUGCGCGAUGGCGAUGUGGUUCUUAUACAUGAACCAGCAGGGCCUCAGUUUCUAUAAGGUUAUCUUGACUUUCAACCGAUGGGAAGAUGGCUGGCAAGGUUACACCCUCAGUCAGCUAACCCAGUUCGUCAAUGUCGGUCAAGGCAUUUACUAUGUGACGGUGACCAUCGGACAGUGCGGGACUCUUCUAGCAGUUUGUAACCGCCGAGUAUCGAUACUGCAUUCAAAUCCUCUAUGGGGCCCGCGUCGCAACCUUCUGGUGCUUGUCGGCAUCACGGGCACAAUAUUGAUCUGCAUCGUGAACCUCUAUGGAGCUGUCUUCCAGCGGGUGUUUGGCACGACCCCUAUUCCUGGGAUGUUCUGGGGUCUUCCAUUUACCUUUGCUUUGGGGAUCUUGCUCAUGGACGAAACUCGCAAAGCUAUUGUGAGGAAAUACCCGAAGUCUUUCAUUGCGUGGCUGGCAUGGUGAA